CUGGCAAAACGAAUUUCGUUCUAAUAAUUUAGUUGGCGAACAGACUUCAAGUGACCAAGUCAAAUAAAGUAAUUGUGUUUCUUUUAACAACGUCAGAACACACUUUUUCUUCACUUUCUUUGUAUUCGCACUAAAAGAAAUCAAUAAAAAUGACAUUGGACAAUUUUCAAUACAUAAUUUCAUUUGACCUGGAAGCGUCGUGCUGGCGGCCGUCUAAUUAUGCAAAGGCUGAAGUAAUCGAAAUUGCAGCCGUAUUUUUAAAUCUAAAAAAUGGUAAAAUCGAAUCCGAAUUUCAUAAAUUCAUUCGACCAACGCACCAUCCGAUUCUCAGUAAUUUUUGUGUUAAUCUAACUGGAAUAACACAAAGCAUGAUCGAUCGACAAGAAACAUUUCCCACUGUUUUCAAUCAGUUCAUUUCUUGGCUGGAUAAUAUUCGCAUUGAACAUGGCAUACACUUAACAACGCCGAACCAGAAAAGCGUCAAAAGUGGCGCUAAUGCUACAAUUUGUUCAUGGACCGAUUGGGAUUUGUUAGAAUUUUUGCCAUUGGAUUGCAAACGUAACGGAAUUGAGUGUCCAGAUUCGCUGAAGGCAUGGAUUGAUGUUCGAAAGAAAUAUGAUCAAUUUUAUAACAGUUUGAGAGGGAUGCCGUUCGCAAGAGCUUUGACAAAAUUCAAUAUUGAUUCAACUGGAAAAGAUCACUCGGCAAUCGAUAAUGCAAAAGGUUUGGCGCAGAUGGUUAUUCUUUUGUCCGAUAAGGGAGCUAGGUUUGGAGAAGUUACUCGGGCACUAUAAGCCAUUGAUAAUCAUUUUGUUUUCCACCAUUUAAUAAAAAAAUUCGGCUUCACAACGCGAAAAAA